CAAUUUAAAAUAACAAACCCUGACGCAAUUUCACAAUGUUACCGCUCAAAACUACUUCACCAAGUUCUUUUGCGCAGCAAGCUUCUAUAUGGCCUAAGGAGCAGUGUGUUUGAGAGCUCCGCGCAAUCUCUUCUAGUGACUUUGGAGGGGUGGGGAACUCAGCACCAGGGACGGAGUUGUCCAUGAAAAUGAGAUCGGAGGACUGGGCCUCGUGUUCUUGAGAAAAACUUUAAGUUUUGCAUUUCUACGUUUCGUGCGACUAUUUUCCUCGUCAUCAUCUACCGUGGAAAUAAACGGAUUACCGCUACGGCAAGGAUUUGAAAAAGAAGAACUGAAGAUCUGAGACGGGAGACAAGCAUGAUGGGUUCGUCGUCCAAAAAUGUUCGCAUAUCUCAGGAAGGCUUCGACGCACUGGUGAUGGAAAACAUACACGAUCUGGGGAUGGAUCCGGCAGAAGCGUUGGCGGACGCCAUCGAGACUCUGAAGCUCCAAGGAGUAGAUCUGUCGGGAAUUUUGAAAUGCGUGCCCGGAAUUUCAAAUGCCAAAGAAAAUCCUGUUGUUCUGGCAUUGGAUGCAUUGAGAGAUAUGACAGUCAAAGCACCACACCUUGAUGAAUUUGUACCGGAUGUCGCGCACAAUGCUAGCAUUGAUAUUGAAAGAGUUGGUGAUGCACUUGAUACCCUUUGGGGUUUAUGUUCAGCUGAUGGAUCUGAAAAUGUUUCCAUUGCUAGAAACAAUGGCGGGUUGGAGGUUCUCAUCUCCAUCUGUUCUGGUUUGCCCCGUCAUGUUCCUGAAGAAAGAGCACUUGUUUUGUCACUUAAGACGUUGGCUGUCUUGGUCAAUGAUAUUCAAUGUGCAGAGACCUUUAAACGAAGUGAUGGACCAAAGGUUGUUAUGGGCAUCCUGAAUGAAUUUGAUCAUAACAUCAAUAUCUUGAACAGUGGAUUUGCGGUUGUAGCUGCUGCUGCAAGUGGUAAUGAGAUUCUCAAGGAAGCGUUCAUGGAACUGAACAUAGAUGAACUUCUUGUUCAACUGAUAGUAGCACAAAAUGGAUCGAACAUUCAGAGUCUCUUUGAUGCACUAAGGGUGUUGCUGACACCCGAUGAUACCCGUGUUUUGGCUUCUCAAGUCUUUGGCUACGCUAGGAGGUUUGCGAAAAUUGGAAUGGCAAGGGUUCUUGUUGAUGCUCUUUGUCACAGGCUUGAUCAGUCUUCCUUAGUUUCUGCAUCUCUUUCUUUGAGAGCAGUUGCGGUCAAUGAAGAGAUUUGCAGGAUGAUUGCUGAAAAUUCUGGUAUAGAUGUGGUUCUGCAGUGCAUCAGUGAUACUGGCAUGCAAAACAAUAAAGCUGCAGCAAUAGCUCUCUGCUCUUUGUUGUCCAAGUUGGCAGCAAGUGAUGCAAACAAAAGUGCUAUUGUCGAGAAGCAGGGACUCAAUACACUGAUUCAGCUAUCUUCAAUAUUUGCUGCUGAUCCUGCUGUCUUACAAGAGAUCAUGUCGAUCAUCUGUGUUGUUUCACUGAGGUCCCCUGAGAAUGCAGCCAGUGCAAUGGAAGCUGGGGCUGGUGACCUUGCAGUGGAAGCAAUGCUAAGAUUUCCGACAGCUAGCCAGUUGCAGAGACAAGCAUGUCUCAUGAUUCGGAAUCUUGUUGUCCGCAACCCUGAAAACAGGGACAUCUUCCUAAACAAUGGUGUUGAGAAGAUAAUACGGCUCGCCAAAGAUAAUUAUGAGAUCUGCAAACAUGCUGCAAGUGAUGCAUUGAGAGACCUAGGACUUGAGAACUAUAACGACUGAAUUUUGUGGCUUCUGAUCAACAACCUUAAUUCUGCACUCUUGUACGUGGUUUUUUGUAGCUUUAUCGUAUGAUGAAGGAAACCAUCCCUGCAGAAUGGUUUAGGAUACACUUAUGGCAGCAAGCAUUUCACGACUCAUCAUCCAUAGGGGUAUAUCAUUUUUCGUUGUCUUCACUGCUUUGAAAAAAAAGGAAAAUGGAACAGAAACUACGUCCUCUUUCUUCUAAUCAUCGUGAGGAUAGAUUUGUCUUAUCACAUGUUGAUCUUUGGGAAACCUUCAUUUGAAGGAUGGGUACUUUUAUACUCAUAUAUAUUUCAAAUUGA